GGCGCGAGCCCACGUGUCCCGCGGGGCGGGGGCGGUGGGCCCGGCCGGUUCGCUGGCGGCCGCCGGGCAGCCUCAGCCAUGGGUUGGCUGCCGGCGCAGGGCCGGCUGGCGGCGGGGCUGCUGGUGAACCUGGCCGCCUCCAUCUGCAUCGUCUUCCUGAACAAGUGGCUGUACGUGCGGCUGGGCUUCCCCAACCUCAGCCUCACCCUAGUCCACUUCGCCAUUACCUGGCUCGGCCUCUACCUGUGCCAGGCGCUCGGCGCCUUCUCCCCCAAGAGCCUCCAGCCCGCGCAGGUGCUGCCGCUGGCCCUCAGCUUCUGCGGCUUCGUCGUCUUCACCAACCUCUCCCUGCAGAGCAACACCAUCGGCACCUACCAGCUGGCCAAGGCCAUGACCACGCCGGUCAUCGUUGUCAUCCAGAGCGUGGCUUACGGCAAGACCUUCCCCCUGCGGAUCAAGCUGACCCUGGUCCCCAUCACGCUGGGCGUCUUCCUCAACUCCUACUACGACGUGAAGUUCAACGUCCUGGGGAUAGCAUUCGCCACCUUGGGCGUCCUGGUGACCUCCAUCUACCAAGUGUGGGUAGGCGCUAAGCAGCAUGAGUUGCAGGUAAACUCUAUGCAGUUGCUGUACUAUCAGGCACCAAUGUCCUCAGCUAUGUUGCUGUUCAUCAUACCCUUCUUUGAGCCAGUCUUCGGAGAAGGGGGAAUAUUUGGGCCUUGGACGCUUUCUGCUGUGAUAAUGGUACUGCUGUCUGGAAUAAUAGCCUUUAUGGUAAACUUGUCCAUUUACUGGAUCAUUGGAAAUACGUCACCAGUCACGUAUAACAUGUUUGGACAUUUCAAGUUCUGCAUCACCCUCCUGGGAGGGUGCCUCUUAUUUAAGGAUCCACUAUCUGUUAACCAAGGCCUUGGGAUUCUGUGCACAUUGUUUGGCAUUUUAGCCUACACGCACUUCAAGCUUAGUGAGCAGGAAAGCAGUAAGAGUAAAUUGGUCCAGCGUCCAUAAAGCAAGAUUUUCUGAA